CCGUUAAUCUAUUUUAUGUUAAGUACAUGCAAUUAUGCAUAACCCGCACUUUUACUUAUCUAAACACGACGCGCGGUGGUGCACAAGCUGCGCGUUAACUUUGGCCGUAGAGCGCGAGCUCGGGUGAGCAACGCUGUUACGCCGCGGCAGAAAGUUUUUGUUAUUGGUGCGUGCGUGUGGGUACGGUGGCUCCGUAUUGCUCUUUCACCCCAUCCCUUCAAAUACCCUUUAUUUACACAACUAGAAAGUGUUGUCUGAGGAAACUACGUUACCCUUUCGGCGUAUAUAGUAUAGCCACUCCGGUCAAUAGAGCACCACCUAAGUUUUGUUUCCGUGAAACCGUUAAGAUCUUGAGCAGUCGAUGCGCGCAGCUUUAGCUUCCGUUUUCACCGAAAGUCGGCUUUCCCACAAAGUCGCGACAGGCAGACGGAAUGGAUUUGACGCAUGUUCGAGUGGCGAAAGCGGCGCGUAGACUAAUGCAGAUACGCUAAGUAAGCUCGAGAAAAAACAACUUCGCGGAGAUGUUUCAGUUGUUCGAAACGACGCGAUUGCUGUCUCUGCCGUCAGCUCGCCGUCAUGACGGUGUUCGGGCGUCGGUGGUUUUAUCAACGUUUGCCGAGAACGCCGACUGGCAGAUCUUGGUCCUUGUCUGCAGCAGUGGGCAUGUGAUCUUGUACCUGCGGCACCUACAUGACCCCCGGCCUCGCUUGUGGAGUCUGCCGUGGUCAACACCGCGGAAGCCGCAUCCGUUCGGCGAUGUGGUGGCGCUGUGUAUGGACCCUCUGGGCACCAAGGUUGUUCUCGCCACUGCCGGUAGUGCGCUGCUCGUCUGGGACAUCGUGCCCUUCAUGGAGGAAAACGCACGUAGUUCUUCCAGAAAUGUGGUGGAUGACACACAAGCAAUUCGUCUCUCCAGAGACCGAGGUGUGCCUACGUGUGUCUGCUGGUGGCAGACUCUGAAGGGAGUCCCAGUGGCUGUUGUUGGCACAGAGAUGGGAGAACUGCGCUUUGUAGACCUGCAGGGAAGGGGCCAGCUGGCUUCCACAGCCAUUGGCCAUGCCAUUGUGGACGUGCACGUCGUGAGUGCGGUUCGCAACAUCACGCACCUACUUGUGACCGAUGUUGACCGGCAGCACUGGCAUCUGCUGCUGGAGGACAAAGGAAGCGGUCACGACUGGCUUCGGAGUGGUCACUCACCUGUUGCCACUGCUGUUGGUGCUGCUGCCGCUGGUGCCGCCACGUCUGAGUGGCGGCUGUGGUCAUCAGCAGACCGUGAAGACUCAGCGGCAGGGCAUGACAAGAGUCCUCCCCAGCAACCUCGGCGCGUGUCCAAGCUUGGCCGGGACACGCUUGUGGACAAGCAGACGAUCCAGGGCCGCCAGUGCCUGCUUGUGCUGGACGCAGCCGCGGGCCAACUUGAGCUCUAUGACGGUGGAGACGUGGCCCGGCGUGCAUCGUGCCUCUACAGUGUGCCUGUGACGGGUGCACGCCAUGCUGUGCUCACGGACCAAUUGCUCAUUGUGGCAGCUGCUGGUGACACCGGAUCACCCGACACCCAGCUACACCUGUUCUCCAAAAGUGCCCUCGAUUUUGCCAGCAUCACCACGAAAAAGAAAGAGUGCAUCGACCCCGCCCUGCAGAGGUUCGUCAUUAAAGAGCCCACUCUGGCCAUUUACCGUUGCUCGAGGCCCUCAAACAAACUUUAUGCAGCUGCGAGUGAAGACAUUAAGGACACCGACGAGGUGCCACUGAGUUCCGAGACCUUUCUGGAUGGCUGCUUGGUGGUGACACGAUACGGCAUCUAUGCCUGCAAGUCCAAGUGUUCAGCGGAGCGCCUAUUCCUGAGCUUCACGAGUUCCCCCUCAACGCUGUCCUCGGCAGAGCACCUCGGUGCCCUGCUGAACCUAGACAUGUUCUCCCUGUACGAGGCAGCCGCGGAGGCACAGCUCGUGCGCGGACAGUUUCCCCAGGCCGUGCGCCUCUACCAGUUGUCCAAGUGUCCUCAGCUGAAAAGGGUGGCCCACUUUGCGAGCCGGGGCUUCCUUUCGGAGCUGUUGGCCUACGUGCAAGUGCUGUUCGGCACGAGGGCCUCAGAGAUCCCCGUGCCUGACCGGGUCCACUUUGCCAACGUGGCUGCCCUCGGGUUUGUGCAGCAGGUGCUGAGCAAGCGCCACGCCACGGCCGACCGCGACGCCGUCCUCCAGGCGUUCAGGGAGUUCCUGCGGGAAAACCUGUACUACGAUGCGUCGGUCGUGAUGCGGAUGCUGUCGGAGCAGCGCCUGUACGAGCUGCUCUACCACUGUGCGCAGCUGCGUGGUCAGCGGCGUCUGAUGGUGGAGCAGCUGGCGCACUUUGACCCUAGCCUGGCCCUGGACCCGGCCACGUGCGCUACUCUUGCCAGCCGAGGUUACGGACACCUCCUCCAGCAGAACACCCAUGAAUACUUCCCGGUGUGCGUGACGGACCCUGACCUGCUGUUGCCCCUGUCGUGCGACCUGUCGCUACUGGGCACACAUUUGCGGCUGUUGGCUGACUUGUUGCCGCGACUGGACCCCGACCUGGUGCAGCGGGUGGCCAGGAUGUAUGAUGCAUCAAGGCCAGGUCCGGCUCUGGCCCUGCGACGAGUCCUGCUCGCUUCUUCAAGGCAGGGCCGCUACCCCGGUUCCUCUUCAUCUCUUUCAACGGACUCGCUGGAUUUGACACAAUCGGACGAUGACACAGUGAAUGAGGAAGACAUUGUCAAAUUCAUGAUCUUCGUGCUCCUGAUGUUGAACCGGCGUCGGUCCAAGAACCGUGGCUACGACGAGCAGCUGCUGAAAACUGGCUUCUUCACGCCCUCGGCACCAUCGAGCUUGAAGCGCACCUCUGCUCAGGACCCUGAACGCUACGUGGCCUCUGGCCAGUCCCAUUGCGGCCUGGUGGUUCGUGGCAAGGCCUACACCUGGGGUCGAGCUCAGUUCGGCAGAUUGGGCCACCGGGAGAGCCACAAGGAAAUCCUGGGUGUCACGUGUGUCGAGGGGCUUGACAACCUGCGGGUCAAGGUGUCGCAGGUGGCCUGCGGCACUCACCACACCCUCUUCAACACCGACGCAGGCGUGUUCUCGUGUGGUUCAUCGCGCUACGGCCAGCUGGGUCUGGGCGACCUGCAGAGAACCUGGGUGCCACACCUGAUCGACACCCUCGCAGGGAGAGAAGUAAUCAAGGUAGCUGCGGGACUCUACCAUUCGCUGGCAGUCACCAAGGAUGGGAGCCUGUUCACCUGGGGCUGGGGAGUGCACGGCCAGCUCGGCCACGGCGGCUGUGCCGACGAGAGGCUGCCUCGGGAAGUGGCCAGCCUGGUUGACCACAAGAUCGUCGAUGCCUACGGAGGCUGCGGUCACUCGGUCGCCCUGACCUCUGAGGGUGUGGUGUUCACCUUUGGGUGCAACCUGUUUGGCCAGCUGGGCCUGGGCCGGUCACCCAAGAAAAGUAGCCCCCAGCGGGUCGACCUGGGGGAGCCCGUGCGCCUGCUCUGCUCGGGCUUCUUCCAAGUGCUGGCGCUGCUGUCGUCGGGGCGUCUGCUGACAUGGGGCGCCAACCCGCAGAGCCUGCGGCUGCAGGCACAGUCGUCGCGCCGCUCGCGCCUCCAGGCAGUGGUGGCGCAGAACGAGCUGCUCUCCUCCCUCGCAGGAGGACCCCACGGGGGCAACCUGCGGCACCCGGCCUCCGCAGCUGCAGCCGCGGCCCUCCCCGCUGCCGGCGCCAGCCCCAUGGCACAGGCCCUGCUCCACGGCCACCAGCGCCACCUGUCGCCAACUGAGGUUGACCUGUCGGCAGUUCGGGGCCCCCUGGUGGGCAUGGCCUGCGGCUCAAACCAUGCACUCCUGCUCACCCGUGACGGGGAAAUCUUCGCCUGGGGCCGCAACACCGAGGGGCAGCUCGGCCUGGGAAAUCGCAAGGACCAGAAAAGCCCGCAGCUGGUGUCGCACCUGUCCCAGCGUAGCAAGGUGGUGCAGGUGUCGUGUGGCCGAGACUUCAGCCUGGCCCUGGACUCCCAGGGCAAGCUCUGGGCCUGGGGACAGAACGAUGGAGGACAGCUGGCAUGCAAGGUGCCAACCGAGGAAGGCUCGGUGCGCCACCUGCGGGUGCUUUCGAGCCGCCUGAUCACCAUCCGCACCAGCCGCUGCCUCAUCACCAUUCCCCAGGGGCAACGCACGGGCGAGGUUCGCCCAAUUGAGGUCACUGCCUUGCCCCCAGAGAUCACCCGGCCACCUCCAGAAGACCUCGAGCAGUCGUUGCGACAAAAGGCCUUCCAGAAUGCAUACCUGAGUCGUUCUAUGCUGACCUUUGACCUGGGGUCUCUUGAUGAUCCACCCUAUGGACCUGUAGCCUUGCACACUGCUCUGGAGGCAUUCCGAGGCAGCUACGAUCCUACCUCUGUCGUCAGCUACUGCCAACGCUUCUCGGACUUCCAGGCCGCUGCGAAGGUCUCGCUGCUCGAGGGACAGUUUGCCCAGGCCUUGCAGUACCAGUUCCAGGCUCUCAUGUUUGACCCUAAGGUGACUCGUGAGUUCCUGACAACAAAUGCGGUGGAGGCUGUCACCUACUACUUGGGACUCAUUGACAAGGAGAACAGUGAAGCCAACUUUGGCUUUUUUGAAAAUAUGGUGAGCUUCUGGCAAGAGGAAGAGCUUCCUGUGAAACCUCUGGAGCAACUGUUCCAGUCCCAUCUUCCGGACAUUGGCUACUCACUUGGCCUGGUCCUGUUCAGCAACGAACGGGAGGUGGUGUCCCAGUUCGUGUCGCGCCUGUCGACCGGGCUGUGCUUGUCGCUGGCAGCUGCCAUGCGUGAACGGGUCACCUCCGGCCAUCCCCACGGGGAGCUGAUUGGAGUGCUGCUCGAGAAGUCGGGCACGGCCGCCCUGGCCGCCCAAAUCCGUCUGGUGGACGAGAGUGCCGGAUGGGAGCCCGCCGUGCCACCGCAGCGCCUCUGGGAGCAGCUGGUGCGCAGCCUCGGACAUGGCAUCCGGCGCAAGGCAGCACUCAGGCUCUCGGCCCCCGAGGUGGAGCGGCUGACGCAAACGUUGCUGACCGAACAGUCCGCCAAGGCCGGCUCCUCCCCAACAGACAAAUUGGUCGGCAAUGCCUUGGUCUUCUCCUGCGGUCACAACACAACAGCCACGGCAUUCCACGAGACAGCCAUGCCAGAGCUGGAAGACUCCCUGCUGAAGCGGCUGCAGCGACCCCUGCCUCUGACGGCCAAGCUACUUGCUCGCGGCUACGCAAUGCCGGGAGUGAUUCCGUUUGCGUGCCCACGGUGUGUUGUCAACGAGAUACGUGCCAACUGGUGACCAAGCUUGAUGGUCUGAUGGGAUGUUGGACCUCCGUACGAUGGUUCUCAGCUGAGCUAGUUGGCAUGGAAGAAGGAACUAAACAGGGAGUGAGCAGUACGUCACACAGCCAGCCUUGGCAAGUGAACUCUCCGAGAAGCCAUUCCCUUCACUUUUUCCUUUCCAAUAUCGGCCUAACACAUGACCUAUGAAGCACAGCAUACUAGCCAAGAAUGUUUGGUUCCCGGUAGAUUUUAAUCUAUGUGAACUUGUUCGGCUGCCCCGCCAUAGCUUUACCUGCAGAGUGGGACCGUUAAAACCUACCGUGGACACCUGACGCGAUGACCACCUGUUCGGCUGGUACGUUCGGCUUCAAUCGUGUUGCACAAUGCUCUCUCCUAAUUCUUUUUUUUUCCAUGCUAGUUGGCAUCGCACUUUCCGGAAAUUCAGCAAUGCAUCUUCUUCCUUCUGUGUUGUAGAAAUAAGUGUCCGCUGAAUUUCGGUAAAAAUUGCACCUCUGUUUUGAGGAACCUUGUUAAUACCCAAGGUCUGUGGGCCAGGGAAUUGCACCGAAAUCGUUUGCAUCCACUUAGCGUCAAAUAGUUGCCCCAUCAAAGAAAACUCCCCUUGUCGAAGUGCUGGCUCCAGCCUGACACAUCCCUCGUUCAACAACAAUGGAUCACUUAGCAUUCCAAGCUUUCUGUCACAUUAUGCAAAUUACACAAAACAAAAUGGUUUGCAAUACCAGUUAUGUGAACAGUGGCAUCCAAGUGUAUUUGCCGUAGACCAACAAAGAGCAUAAAACUUGCUGAAAACCUAAGCCCUCAGGCGACAGCUGAUGGUUUUGUAGUGGUGGUGUUUCUUUGGUAGGGCACUAUGCAUGCUUUCUUAUUUGGGCCCCGUAAGCAGAGGAAGAAAUCCUUGCUUUCUUGUUGGCAUUUUGUUUCCACAAAGAAGCAAGAUGCAUGCUGAGUAAGUCAAAAAGGCCUGGUCAGGUGGCUUCCUGAACUCGUGAACUAUUAGCCAAGCAUGUUGAGCUGUGGUUAUGAGACUCGUGUUUGCAUGUGGUUUCAUAGUGUAAAUACCCUUGACCACACUCACACUGUACUUCGUUUGUACUGGCCGUGCUUCCAUGGUUGAACAAAGGAAAUGACAUUGCAGACAGCGCCUCAGUAAGUGCACAGAGGGUGCUGAGCUUUAUCUUAUGUGGGAACCACGCGUCUGUCAUUUCUGUCUGCAGUAUGUCAGUCGUGCGGACAUGUCAGUAGCUGACGGCUCUGAUGACAUUGACACUAAGUGCUUAUGAUUGCCAGCAUUCAUUGCAGUCUCUUCAUGAGCAUGCAAUCACCAUUUGACUGUGAUGCACUUUGUGGCACUGGUAGGUGCACAAGGAAAAAAAGACAGAAAUAUCCCCCCCCCCCCCCCCCCCCUUCGUGCUUUACCAAGACCAUUGGACAGGGCACAGGCUUUCAACAUCCAGUUGGUGUUCUGUAGGACUUGCGAGUGACUAUGGCAGGCAAGUCAUUCAGAGCAGUAUCGUUGGUGAAGCUUACUAAUGAGCGCUAGUUCUGUGCUCCUUCAUUUCUGGUAAGACAUUCUUGGACGGUCCUAUUGCAGAUGCUUGGAAACUUUGUAGCUAGCUAGCAAGCUACAUUAUGAGUGUUCACACAUCGAGUUUAAAACCGUGUGUCAUGACAGAUUGUUGCUUGAAAGCUCUACAUUCCCUCUCAUACGGGUCAUGGCUGUACAGAGGCAAAGAAGGCGGGUUGCGAAGUGAGUGUGUUGCCUGGUGUUACAAACGGAGCACAAAGACAAAAGGCUUAAGAAGGAGCUUUAGCUCUGGGCCAACUCCAACGCUGCCUAUUCACAUACGUACAUGUAAAACACAAAAAUGCUUUAAUGGAGCAACUCCUUGACAGAUUUGAAUUAAAUUUGCUGCGUUUUAUUAAGAAAGUUAAAUGUAGUGACUGUAGGAAGUGAAAUUUCAGUUUAAUGCCUGAAAUUUUGGAGAAAUCAGCGAAGAUGGUAUGCUAAAACUAUUUAGAAGCCUGAAGUUUACAGAGCCAUAACUCUGCACCAAAAACAGAUAUCGCAGUUCUGUAAACUGCAUUUGUUAAGGCAUGUAUAGCUGACAAAUCUUAUAUUUCAUUUAUAGCUUACGUGAAUUUGUCACUAUGUUUGUGUUGGUUUUGUAAAAGUCCUGCUCACAUAUUAAUGGAAUACCUUAUAGCGAUUUAUUAUACAUAAAUUUUGUCCACUUUAGUUAGGUUAUUAUGUGCAAUUUAUCGAUUUGUGUUAUCUGUUUCAAUUGCUGAGGUCCAGCAUUGUAAACGUGAUGGUCCCGUUUCUUGAAAUUUUUUAAUUUUCAACAAUUUUUAUUGAUGACUGAAAUCGGAACUCAAGUUCGGUGCAGUGGUUGUCGAAAAAAAUUAUUUCUCCGUUCCCAUGUAUUUAGGUAGGAGCCCCCGAGCUAAAGCUUCCUCUUGAAGGGGACAACUGAGUCGUCCCCUCUGUGAAUAUUAUUUGCGUUCCGUUGCACUGCUUUUGGGAAAAGAUUAUUUACAGUGCGUUCUAGAAGGGUUCAUUCUGCAUAUGUUGCGCCUCUCUUAUAUGUCUACUGCAGUACAUCUCCUUUUCUCCUUUUUUGAUGUCUUCGCAUUAGAAGUGUCAAAGUACAAAAAAGUGUGUGUGUGUGUGUGAAGUGUGGGAAGCCAGUCAUGUGGCAGAGGUAUAUGUAUAUAUAUUUAUAUAUAUGUAUACAUACACGCACGCACACACACAGUAUUACUGGCAGUAGUCGCUUCGGGCCACCGUCAGUAGCACAUCUUGAUGAGGCAGUAGGACGUAUGUCGAGGGAGCUACUGAAGAGCACUUUGCAAUGUGGUGAACGGGACAUCAAAGAGGUGUGACUUAAUGCAAACGCAUUUCUCUCAUAUUUACCGCUAAAUCGCGACUGAAUUUUCCUUAUGCUUCACCACAAGGCCGAGCACGGAGGGUUCCUGCUAAGGGGAGCACAGCGCACGAGGGGAGGGAUUGGACACUUUAACGGUUGCAGGCCAACGAAUAAUGACAGAUUGUUUGUUGCCAGUUUGUUUUAUUGUGGGUCCAUUCAAUUAGCCCUGCACUUUGUGGACUAGUUCCUGCCUGGUCGGUGCCAGCUCUUGCUUGUGUGGAACCGGCACUGCACUUCCUGCACAAAAGAGUGAAAUGAAUGGCGAAGUGCAGCACCUCGUGAACUGGUUCAGAAAGUGCAUGCAAAUCGAAUGAACCUUUUAACAUAUCCAUUUGGAGGUUAUACAGAAGUUCAUGUUCGUGACUGGGUGGAGCAUGCAUAGAGUGGGCCCUCAUGAAAUGUACUGUAAGGAACCUUUCCCCUGCUUUCGUGUGUUUAAGAAUGCCGAGCUACCGUUACGAUACUGAGGCGGCACUGUCGGGUACUUUCUUCCACGUGUUUCCUCCUUUGCCCCUUGCACUUCAUGGCAAGGUUAGUUUCUAGUCUCUUUUGCGCUCCAUGUAAAUAGUUUCCGGGGCAGGGGUUCGUCAAUUGUGCACUUCACUUUCUCACUGUGAUGGGGGUGAUGCAUACCCCGAUGUACUGUAGAAAUGAUGUAUAUAGUGCACGAUACUGGUGCCACUGAGAGAGAGGGGUAGUGUGAUGCACCACUCUUUGGGGGAUGGAGGUCCUAGUGAACCUCUUCCUUUGGUUCAUCUGUGAAAAAAAAAAAGAGAGAAUGAAAAGAUGCAUUGCACCUUAUUUUUAGUGUACAUAUGUGUUGCAGGCCUCUUGUAGCUAGCUCAGUUAGCAGAAUUCUGCAUCCCCUAGCAACGAUGUCAGCUGCAGCGCAGUGCAUAUUCUUACGUACUGAGGUUGAUGACAAUUCUCAGAUGUGUGAAUGAGGAGAGGAAGAGGAAGCUGUAAAUUGCUUGCGUCAGUGAGAACAUGCGUCGUAGACUAAAAGACUCCUCAAGUCUAUACCAAGCAUUCCCGCUUAAAUAUUUUUAAGGGAAGGAAGAGCAGGGUGGAUGUAAUUACAAAGCGGUUUUGGAUGGCCGAGCCAAGAUAGAAGAGACUGUCUACACAUUCUAGUACUUCGUUGUCGUCUCGACGACAUCCCAUGUUAUGUCCACUUCUUCAACACUAAACUUAACGUGGCAAUACACAGUAUUAACGGGUUUGCAGAGUUAAGGAACCAAUGUUUCAUCACUUGGGCUGACGGCGCCCAUGUGGUCAUGUGAUCACCUUGAUAGCACACUUUUCUUUCCUCACUUACGCUUAAUUAAGUACAGAGGUUUGAAUCCAGCUGCUAGUGUGAAGGGUGCUGGCUAGAAUGUGCCAGACAUGUGAGUUGCACAGAGAGUGUCUGCGGAGCAUAAGCAGCUCCUGUGCAACACUUAACUAAGGCAAACGUUGAAUCAAUCAAGAAUGUUCGAUUGCCAAUCUAAAAAUGUUGCAAUGUUUAUGCCAAGAGAUGACUUUACUGCCAAGGAAGAAGUUCAAAAAAUAGAAGCCACGCAAUUCUUUUGGAACUUUGCCUUGCCCUGAGUCGAGACACCGGCUCAAAGAGGGUGCCACUGUGCUGCAAAUACAGCUGAUGUAACAUUGUGCACAUCUAAUAACAGUGUGUAAAUCGACGGAUGAACAUAGAAACCACACACACAUACAGCGCUGUCUUCCAACUGGUCUUUCUGUGUCAGGGGGCGAACAUUUAUUGUCGAAGCAGCACAAAGCAAACAGUUUACCCCUUGCGUAAGAGCAGCUUUUCCUUGUCAAGAAAGACACAAACAGCUGUAAUUAGAUUCUGAUCAUGAACAGCAAGCUAGCCCACACUGGCACUCUAGUGAAGCGUUGUAAAGUUGAAGUUUCAGCGACUCCAGCAAAGCUUUGUGUAAUGUAGGUUCCAACUAGUGCGUUGGAUCUGGCAUCCUUUCUUUUUUUGUUCCUUCAUUUAUUCUACCUGCCAUUUCAUGAGGGAGCUGGAAACCGCACACUGUCAUUUGUACACUGUCAAAAUCUACAAUGUCACAGGGAGUUGGUGCACGAAUUUCGAAAUGGCGUUGCCACUCAUUCUUUGUUUUUAGAUCCUUUCUGGCUUAAAUAUACUACUCCACUCACUAUUUAGUUCUCAAGGCACGUCUAAUGAUAUAGCUUAAGCUAGUUCUUCUGUUUGGCAUCCCUUUAACGUGCACAUGUAUCAGUUUAACACAAGCACUACUGACACAUCUGGUAUUGAUCCACAACAUUGAUUGCAGAGCUUUUUGAAACUCCUAUAUUAAUGGCCCAGCAUUUCCAACAUGUCAGUGACCAAAAAUAUAACGAUCUACGUGUGGCUGCUAUCUUGCAGUCAGGUGUGUGCAACUCGUCUCUGUAACCCACCAUCACCCAACUACCUCGGUAAAGUCUGAGUGCAGAAUGGAAAAUAUGUGCACAAUGACAUUAUGGGACAAGCUUGGCCUGAUGCAAUAACCUGCGUACAGCCUUUGUCAAAAAUAUACGGGCUUCUCUGUGCUUUCAACAUGUAUGUUGUUCAGCUGUGUGGUGUGGUUCCAACGGCACUCCUGACACUCCACAUCUCUGGAUAGCAAGUGUGAGAGUUCUUUUCAUUCCUCAGAGUGUUAGAAACUAUAGCAUACCACAUUAACUCCUUUGAGGAGCCUGUAGUUAGCACGGCAGUCGUUGGCAACAUAGUCCAUAUACUUUUGACUAAGACUGUAUCUUAUAAGCAUAAUCGCUGUGCUUCUUUCAAAGCUUGCGAUACUUAAUCGCUCAUAGAAACUCCUUGCUAAGCUCUGUAUUAUUGUAAAGUUGGUUCUUGGAAUCGAUGGAGUGCAUUGUUCCUUCAUUAAGGGUGUCUCUAAAAAUGCAUGUGUGUAUACUUAGUUAUACAUAGAACUGGAGGAGCUGUUAGCCAUUGUGAUUUACGAAUGAUUAAGAAAUAACUUACACUGGAAGAAUCCACGAUGGGAAAAUGAAACUGUUUUGUUUCCUUUGCAUGUGCUGCUGUAAUAUACUGUGCAGAAAUUGUUUCCUCUAAGCGAGUGAUAAAUGCUUGUCCAGUUUCUCAACAGAUAAUUGCUGUUACUUAGAAGAUGUUGAACAUUUCGUGGCAUAUCAACAGGGUACUCCAUGUUAAUACUAGGAGACCUUGGGGCCUGUACGAUGCAGUUUGUUAGCUGGAAGUUAAGGUAUUUUAAUAGUUUCAUUAGAAUAACAUUUUUGGAAAUUGCUGCACCAUGUUUGGUUGGUUAAAAAAGAAGAACCCAAUUUGGCCGUUAACACACACAAAGUCUUUCACUACUCUUGAGGCUUUCUUGUCAUUUUGAUGUUGUGAAAGUAAAUGACUUAGUGUGCGCUUUUUAGUAUAUAUUACCAGCACGAAACAUAUUGGGCAUGAUUAAUGUGGGACACUGGCACCACAAUUUUCAUGUCGUAAAUGUAUAUAUGUCCAAAAUAAUGACAGAGCUUUUCUUAGCACACUGAAAUCAUGGGCACGAAAGAGAUGAGACAAGCACUGAUGUCUUAUCCCUUUUGUGUCCAUACUUUCUGUGCACUAAAAAAGUUUGGUCAUGAAAUACCAACUGGCUCGAUCUCUCACAUUGCUAAGCAAUAGUAAAGAAAAUAUGAAAGUGAGAGGGAAAUGAAGUGGAGGCACAGAAAAAGACGAAAAUUCGGCACUACCACUUUUAUACUUUUGUUCUUGCAUGCGUGGAUUUUGUUUCGUAAGCAGUAGUGAGGUGUCGGAAAUCUUGUGAGAGCUCUAGGCACAGCUAUCACAGAAAAUUGUAAGAUAUACUAUAUAAGAAUGCUUCCUUGCUUUUUUAGCAUGAAGGCAGACUUUGUCUCUACUGGUAUCUGUGGCUCAGGCGGUAUUGUCUGUUUCUUAGUGUAAAUUGAAUUGAGCCCAAGAAGGUGUCAAUUUUGGUGAAGGCUGCAGUGGCAGAGUUCUGUACAUUAUCACUGCCGAGAAACUGCAGCAAAUAGCGAGACUUUGCGUGCUUCCACAUUAUGACGCAAGCAUUGUGUUGUUGGCAAUUCCUUCUGGUGUCUUUUAAAGAUCCACCUGCACAGUUGUAUGCAAAUUUUGGAGAAUGUGACAUCUGUUUUUGGAAUGUUACUCUGAUCACAAAAGCAAUUCAUGUUUUGUGGCAUCAACUGCACAUUGUAUUGUGUUAUAUUUGUGUAUUUGUGUGUUAUUGUGUAUUUUCAGGCUGUUAAUGCCCUUUAGAGUUCUGUCAUAUAAAAAGUGAUGAGACCUGCCAGACUGCUUGAUCUCAAGGCAGUGUAUUGUGAGUGGCUGCAAAAAUGGACCAAGACAUUGAUCACUGACGUACUCAAACAACUGUAACACAGGUUAUCAUUCCGAACAGUUGUGUUACACAAGCAGCUUGCUUCGCAAAAAGAAAACAAUUUGAUUUCUUGGCAUGUAACGAGAAACAAGGCUGCAGUUCAGCUAUCGUUGCAAAUAUCACAGUGCCAGUGGUGUCACUAGGGGUGGGGGGGGGGGGGGAUGAAAUGGCAAAGAAUUAUUCGUGAAAAAGCGAAAAGGUGCUGGGUGCCUUUCGUUGAGUAGAACAGUGGCACUAUGCAUGCCCUGACUACAGAAAACAAAGAAGGUGGAAAUUUGUAGGAGGGUGCCCUUAGCAAAGCUUAAUGACUUAGGGUGCUUUAGAAUGUGCAGUUAACAUUACAUUGGAGACGUCGUGCCCGAGAGGUAAAUAACCUGCUUCGCCGAUACACCUGCAUAGGGCUCGUUGUAGCUUUAGUAGAAAUACUUCCCCACCGGGGCCAACUGCGCCAGCGGAUAGUGUGAGAUUAGCAUAAAUUAGUGUUUUAAUUUCCUUACGAAAGCUUAUUUAAAACUACCACACACUCUACUGAGAGUGUAUUCUCCUUCGUCCUAGUUGCCUGAUAUUUGUGGCUCAUCUUCAUUUUACUGUCCUUUUAACUUUCCUCCUUCCGAGGUGCUUCUUUCAAGUUCACUUUAAAAAAUGUGGAUAAUCUAUUAUUGUAUAUAUACCUAUGUGACUACAUAUGCAAUGUGCAAUGCAUGUGGCUAUGUAUACACAUGCAUACACAUAUCGCUGCAGGUAUUUCUACAUGCUCAAAAUUUGCCUUUGUUGUGUUUUAUGUGCACGUUUAAUCUGGGCAGUCAUCUGACGAAAACGUAUUGCUCUGUCUAUUUUUUGAGAAGUGUUCUUUUUUAAAGUAAAAGAAAUUGCACACUCCUCUUUUUCUGCCUUUAAAUGCAAAAGAAACGCAUUAGUAUGCGCUUUCGAUGUGAUGUCGUGCGGAAUUGGGAGUUGUGUGGUGCACUCGUUACUGUGGACACUUUAAAAAGAAAUAAAAAUAAUUAGUUGUUAGCUACACGACAAACUGCACACUGAAUCAAUCCAUGAUUAUAAGAUUCUACUUCAUUGCUUGAAACAAGAGGGCAGAAAAUAGGUGGGGGAAGGGGGGAGGCAGGUAAUGGCGGGCCACCGCCCUGGGCGCCAUUGGCCCUAGUGAUGCCACUGCACAGUGCAUUUCUCGCUUUCUGGUUGUCAGUCCAAGCUGCUCAGAAAUGUAUUUUUUUUUUUUUUUUACCAUUGCUGUGGUUGCGUGCUUUGAUCACAGGUAUACAGUUGCGAGCAAAAGUUUGGAGACCACGGCAUCAGAAAAAAAUUUAAAUAUAUUCAAGUGCAGCUCCGCGGCCUCAAAUUGGCUGAAUAAUUGUAAUGGUCAAACACGUGCAUGUCGGCGUGCGCUCUUGGUUUCAGUCGGAAUGCCCCAGCUGCGAAAAAAAAACAAAGAAUCAUGGCACCUUUAGUCCACAAACUUUUGCUCGCGACUGUACAUGGCAUAGCACAUGGCACAGUUUGAUCUCGUGUAUACCUGAAAAUGUGCACCAGGUGCAUGCUGUGUACCUUUAUGCAGGUGUGUCAAUCCUUUCAGAAGACACAGAAGCGCUGUAUUGUCAAGUAUGCAGGAAAGUCGUGAUUGGUACAUGAACAACAAAUGCCUUAACUUACAUAAGCUGGUUCCACUCUCUAGUCAGUUUGACCUACAUCAGAGCUCCGGCUAGUAAAUGAUAAAAAGUUUUGAAUCAAGAUAUUUCAACUAAGUGGCCUCAUCGACCAUGGCACUAAAUUGCUGGCUCAUCUCGCGAUGACUGUUUUAACGUAAUGGUGGCUGCUGAGACAAGCACUUGUUAUCUCUGUACUAAAUAUCUCAGUAAACUCAAAUUGACUAAUCAUUGGAGGAUAUUUGUGAAUUAUUGCAAAGAAGUUGCAUUACACAAGCACCUAGCUUUGGUGAGACCACCAUGACUUGUGAAAAGAAGACACACCUGUGGCUCAAAAUCAUGACUGUCAGUUGAUGCAGGCAUGCUGCAUGAUUGUGAUUAUAUAUGUGGAAAAUUUUGAAAGCUUCAAGUUACCUGCUAUGGUCAGCUAGUUUUAACUUAAUUUGAAUCUUGGUGCUGCCAUCUUGAAAGCAAUGUAUGUUAGUAUGGUUAAUGUCAGUAUGGUCUCAUCCAUGUGCAUGGUAGCACCUAUAGUUUUGUUUUUGGUUAAAAGUGAAAUGAAAAAGUUUAAUAUGCUAUGGAGCUUGGUAAUACGUUCUUUUUUUUUGUAUGUGUGUGUGUUCAUGAACAUGAAAUGUGAGAAAUAAAUUUGCUAUCUACAGA